AUGGCAAGUCCCCCGCCGCCCCAUGCCAUACACCCACGUUUCACCAUUCUCGGCCAGAAGAUCGAGGCCGCCGAGGCUCGCGCUGAGGCUGCCGAGACUGAGAACAAGAAGCUGAGCCAAUCUCUUCUCGAGCGCGACCAAGAACUGGCCUCCACCCAGCACAAGCUCCAGCUGGCUGAAGAGGAAGUCGAAAACUAUGAGAACAAGGUCAAAGAGCUCAAGUCGGCCAGUGAAGAGGGCGAGACGCAUAGGACUACCGGGGAGAACCUGGCGAGAAAGGUGCAACUUCUGGAAGAGGAGUUGGACAAGGCUGAGAAGGACUUGAAGGAGACAACUGAGAAGUUGAGACAGGUUGACGUGAAGGCCGAGCACUUUGAGCGCCAGGUGCAGCGCCUCGAGCAAGAGAGGGACGACUGGGAGAGGAAGCAUGGAGAGGCGGUCGAAAAGUACCAGCAGUCCAAGCGCGAGCUCGACGAGGUCGUUGCUCAGAUGGAGAGCUUGUAA